UCCUCAGUAGUGGGUAGGAUGUGUAUUCCUCCCAAUUUCCCACACGCUCAAAUCCAAUAAUAUCGAUUAUUUAUCCCCAAAACCCUUGCAGAUAAAAUUACGAAGUCCCAUUAAUUCCAGAUUAAUUUACAUCCAGUGAAUCAACUCAUCAAAACAUUUCAUCGAGUCAAUUGGAGUUCGUUCUCUCAAAAUGCAUGACUCAACAAAUGACUCGACAAUGGCUAAACCACAACGCCGGGCCUCUACGGAGGAGAGCCUUCAGAUCAUCAGGCAGUCCCUCAAGCGAGAUGAAAUGGACAGGCUUGAGGGCACCCAUUUCUACGGCCACACUCCUCACACAUUUAUCACGCUUGGAGCGUCAGGGGAUUUAGCAAAAAAGAAAAUUUAUCCCACCCUCUGGUGGCUCUUCCGCGACAAUCUCCUCCCCAAAACGACGACCUUCUUCGGCUAUGCCAGGAGCAAAUUGACCCUCAAAGAGUUACGUGACAAGUGCCAUCAAUACAUGAAAGUGAAACCUGGGGAGGAAGACAGAUACGAAAAGUUCUGGCAGUUGAAUUACUACAAAGCGGGUUCCUAUGACUUAGACGACGACUUUGCUGCCUUGAAUAGAGAAUUAGACAAAUGCGAGAUUGGAAGUAAUGCCAAUCGCUUGUUCUACCUGGCGCUUCCGCCGAGUGUUUUCGAGUCUGUUACCGUCCACAUCAGGAAUACUUGCAUGGCCCAAAAGGGCUGGACGAGAAUCAUUAUCGAGAAACCCUUUGGCCGUGAUGGACCGACUUCGGAGCGUCUCUCAAACCACCUCGCGAGUCUAUUCCACGAGGAGCAGCUGUACCGAAUCGAUCAUUAUCUCGGUAAGGAGAUGGUACAGAAUCUCAUGACACUGAGGUUUGGAAAUAGAAUUUUCAAUCCAACGUGGAAUCGAGAUAAUAUUGCCUCUGUCCACAUUACCUUCAAGGAACCCUUCGGUACUCAGGGACGAGGUGGAUACUUCGACGAGUUCGGAAUUAUUCGGGAUGUUAUGCAGAAUCAUUUACUGCAAAUUAUGUCGCUGGUAGCUAUGGAGAAGCCAGCUUCCUGUUGUCCAAAUGACAUAAGAAACGAGAAAGUCAAAGUCCUUAAAUGCAUCAAGCCCCUGGAGCUUGACGACGUCAUCUUGGGGCAAUAUGUUGGUGAUCCGGAGGCUGAAAACCCCGAGGAACGAUUAGGAUACUUAGACGAUCCAACAGUUCCCCCGGAUUCAACCACCCCGACAUUCGCCAUGGCAGCCCUGAAGAUAAAUAACGAAAGAUGGGACGGAGUUCCGUUCAUACUCAAAUGUGGAAAAGCUUUAAACGAGCGUAAAGCCGAAGUCAGAGUGCAAUAUCUGGAUGUACCUGGUGACAUAUUCGAUGGCAAAGCUAAACGAAAUGAAUUAGUCAUCCGAGUUCAGCCUGGAGAGGCCCUGUACAUAAAAAUGAUGACAAAAACUCCUGGAAUUACGUUCGACAUGGAGGAAACUGAGCUGGAUCUCACCUACGGACGUCGCUACAAGGACCUCAAAUUACCUGAUGCCUACGAGCGAUUGAUUCUGGACGUCUUCUGCGGUUCGCAAAUGCACUUCGUCCGGAGUGAUGAGCUAUCGGAGGCCUGGCGAAUUUUCACACCCCUCUUGCAUCGUAUAGAACAAGAGAAAAUUCCGCCAAUUCCGUACAAACAUAAAUCUCGGGGACCAAAAGAAGCCGACGAAAUGGCUAAAAAGAACAACUUCAUUUACUACGGUUCCUACAAGUGGCCUGAUCAUCCUUGAAUACUUCAUCCUUUAUUUAUCACUUUUUAUACGUAAUUCCCUCAAAACGUUGAAUGGCUACAUGGCCACGCGCAUUUUUAUACAUACAAAUUCAUGUAUUUAUUCAAAUCAUUGAUUGUUCUUUGUGGAUGUUUCUACAAUCGGCUCGAUGUUGGGAAUUGUUGAUUAAAUAAAAAUUUAUAUCUCGUAA